GUGAACUUGCAUGUUCCAUGUCACGGCAAAUAAACACACAACUCGCCGUUGGAGGCCAUUGUUCAAUUUGAUCGCCCUCAAACACACACACAUCACCAUGGCCAAAGGAAACGCGAUCAAAGAAGUCGCCACAGCCGUUGUGCUUGCCCUGGGCGCUGGCUCGAUCUGGAAAUCGUACGCGACAUCGGAACUCAAGUCGUUUGACGAGUACUACAAGGAGUUGAAGAUCAAGACCGACUCCAAGGCCACCGCCGCCGCCGACGACGAGUAAACCACCCGGUGGGCACGCGCGAUGAUGUAGCCGUCGAAUGUGGCCAUCCCAAUUAGUAUCAUAUAUAGGUUAAUAUAGUUCCAUGCGUAAGUCCAUCAAGCGAACAAGUUGAUCGAAACAA